CAAUAUUUCAAACAAUUACUCACCCCUUCAAUUUGCCUUAUCUAAACCAAAAGCAUAAUUUAUGGCGCCUACUAUUCCAUGUUUGCUGUUUCUCUCUCUACUCUCUCACUCCUUUCUACUCAGCAAAUGUAAUGAGGAUGAUGAUCUUCUAAACGGGAUCCAACAAUACAGAUCAACCUUGAAUCUCACGGCUCUAGCCACGACACGGGAGGCCGAAUGCAUCGCUGAUGAAGUCGCCGAUACUUUCCAGAACCAACCUUGCACCAACGCGACGAACCUCAAUGCCACAGCCCUAUCGACCAUUCCCACCUAUACCACCAUUAUGACAAAAUGCGGUCUGAAUGCAAAUGCAAGCAAUGCCUCCGUAAACAGCCAGAUCUUACCUACCUGCGUCCCCAACCAGCAGAGCCUCGUGAUCUCUGAUUUCACGUCAAGAUACGUGGCUUACCUCAACUCCACACAGUUCUCCGCCAUCGGGGUUGGUUCUGAAGAUGACUGGUUAGUCGUGCUCCUCACCAACAUGACUGGCACUGCCAUCAACAGCAACGGGGCUUCUGGCCUUGCCCUCACCGCCAUAAGCCCUGUCGUGCUAUCACUCAUCUCCCUUUUCAUCUUAGUUUAAACUAGUGUGUUUGAUGUCUAUACAAUAGAAGCAAUAAACAAUGAUGCAUGCUACUAAUAAGUUUCUGCAGAAGCAAUAACUCACAUUUGUUCGAUAUAGUCACACAUUAUACUAGAGACCUAGAAAAGUGAUACAUGUAAUGCAUCUUUAUAUAUAGCCUAUAUACAGAUUUGAUGACAAUAAUAUUCGGUUUUAGUCUCCUGGACUCA